AUGAAGGAAGACUCAGAGGUAAAUAGAAUUGAGAAGGUUUGGAAGAACAUCAAAGAGACCCUGCAAGACUGUGCAAAAGAAGUUUGUGGGAAAAGGGAAAGGAAAAACAAAAAACCAUGGUUCGACGAAGAAUGUAAAGCUAAUGUCUUACAAAGGAAAAAAGCAAAAGAAGUCUGGCUCAAUAAGAAACAAGAAAGAGAUAGAGAAAACUACACAAAAAUCUCAAGAGAGACAGUAAAGGUACUUCGGAGGAAAAAAAGAGAAUGGGUAAACCAAAUCUUAGAGAAAGCUGAACAAGACAGGACAGCAAACAACAGUAGAGACUUCUACCGAUCAAUAAGAUUUUUUAGGAAGGGAUACAGUCCAAUGCCAUAUGGGAUUAAAAACAAAUCAGGACAACUGGUGGUGCAGAACAAAGAAGGACUACAAGUAUGGCAGGAACAUUUUAAAGAUCUUUUGAAUGUAAGACAGUCUGAACAAGAAGAAGAAGAGGAGGAAGUGUACCAGAAUGUAGAUCCAAUUGUACCAUACCCAACAAUUCAAGAAGUAAAAACGUCCAUCAAGGAAUUAAAAAAUAAUAAAGCCCCAGGGGAGGACUCUAUCCCAUCGGAAGUAAUCAAAGCAGGAGGAUCUAAAUGCAAGGUUAAAGUCAAUGGAGAAUUCUCAGAGGAUUUUGAUAUAAAUACUGGUGUGAGACAAGGAGAUGAGAAUUGGGUGAUAAGCAAGAGAACUGAGAAACGACUUAUAGUGUUCGAAAACAAGAUUCUAAGGAAAAUCUUUGGACCAACCUUUGAAAACGGAGAAUGGAGAGUUAAGCACAACAGGGAGUUGAGAGAGUUGUACAGGGACCCAGAUAUUGUGGCUGAGGUGAGAAGUAGGAGAUUGAGAUGGGCAGGCCAUGUGUUAAGAAAGGAAGAGGGAUCCUUAGUGAGAAACGCCCUAAACAACAAUCCCGAGGGUAGAAGACCUCCUGGAAGGCCCAAGUUGAGGUGGAGAGAUCAAGUGAGAAGAGAUCUGAGAAGAAUGGGAAGAAGAGAGGAUGAAGCAAUGGAUCGUGCAGUCUGGAGGCAGUGUGUUGGCGAGGCAAAGUACCUCCUUGGGUACCAAGAGCCACGGCAGUAA